UUUUUUUUUCUUUUUCUCUUUUUGUAUUUUUAACCAUGCCACCACCACCUCAUACACUUUCCUUAUCUACUCAUCAUUCUUCUCCUUCCACUCACUUUAGAAGAGGUUCACUCACAACUGUCAUUACUACAACACAAAAAUCACAACGAUUACCUUUGAAUACUUCUCCUUUUUCCAAAUAUGAUAAAAAAUGGCGUUGGUGGCAUUAUUUAUCUAUUGUCAUCUUGUCUAUUGGUUUAUUAGAAUCUUUUGCCCUGACUCUUGGUUAUCACUUUUUACAAGGUCAACCUUCCCCUAUACGUAUUGCUGUUCGACAAUAUCCUUCUUUACCUUAUCAACAUUUUAACACAUCUGCUUUGUCAACAAAAUCAUUAUUACAAAAAGGAACAACAGUUUAUCAUGUUACAAAAGAAUUUGGACCAGCAACUAUGGGUGGUAUGGGUUCAGUGGUUACAUCUUUGGUGGCUGCUCAACAACGGUCUGGGAAUACUGAAGUCGCUGUGGUCAUGCCUUAUUAUUCUUUUCUCAAAAACAAGUUUGAUAUUGAUCGUGUGGUAGAUCUUGUUAUUGAUCUUCGAGACAAACAAGGUAAACUGGUACCUAUUGAAUUUCGUGUAUGGAAAAUGAUGCAUGUCUUCAACCCACCACCUCCACAAGCCAACAUCACUACAUAUGCUAUGAUCGACGGUGUCAAUACGACUAUCAUCACUCCUCCUCCUCCUGUGAUUAUUCCACAUACUGAACGCGUCCCUGUCUAUUUAAUUGGUCCUGGUAAUCGGUCUCCCUUUAGUCAAGCCUUCCGAUGUCGUAAUCCAUUACAUAUCUACUCAUCACCGGCUGGUUUACCUCAAGAAUGGAGAGAUCAAUACUUUGCCAAGGCAGCAUCUCAAUUCCUUACUCAUCAAGCCACGGCUAUUGAUGAAGAAUCCUUGUUUGCUCCUCUUUUACGCUCUGCUCCCCAUGUCGAUGUCAUUCACCUUCACGGCGCCACCAAUGCUUAUAUUGCUAAAUUCCUUGACGAUAGACGAAUCAACAAUGAACUUGGUCCUACUCCUCCAUCGAUUGUCUAUACCAUGCAUGAUUAUCUUGAUGAACUUCAAUACACAAACACAGUGGGAAAUGUGAAAAAGUUUUUAGAUGUUUCGGAUAUUGCUUUGAAGGAUACUAGUUAUGUUUAUGGUGAUCGUAUGUUUAUGUCAAGUUUGGGAAUUGAUCGUGCAGAUAUCGUCACUUUUGUUAGUCGAACGAUGGCCUCUGCUAUUGUGGAAGGGACCCUGGAUUUUUAUCUUAAGGAAUUGGUCAUGGAUCAUUUACUACUCAAGGCUCAACAACGUCGAUUCUUUGGUAUCAGCAAUGGUUUAGAUUUUUCUACUAUUCAUCCUUUCACCAAUGAUAAAUUGAUGACUCGAAAACUCAACUAUCCUGAAUUUGCUUGGAAACUCUUAGAUGAACAACAAACAACAACAACAACAACAACAAAAAGAGUAUGGCAAAUGAGUGCAGUAUCUAGUGAUUUUGUAGCUACAGCAAAAGAUAAAUCCAAACGAUUCUUAGUACGACGCAAGUUAUUAUCAGAAGAAGAAGCAAAACGACCUUUGGUACUUUACAUUGGUAGAUUUCAAUACAACAAGGGUUUGGAAUGGUUUGAACAAGCAACGGAACAUUUUGUGGCCAAUAAUAUGACAUUCAUCAUCCUUGGUCAAGAAAACAACUAUCCUUUUAGUAAACUGGAAUCCCUGGCAGCCAAAUAUCCAGAACAUGUACAUAUCCUCUCGACACCAAAACAACAUCGUCAAUGGUCCAUCUUUUGUCGAGCCGCUGCUGAUUUUGUAUUUGUGCCCAGUCAAACAGAAAGUUUUGGUCUUGUUGCUGCUGAAGGAUUGAUGUUUGGUGCAUCUGUGAUUUCCACCGGUGUAGGUGGUUUACAAGAAUUUCUUCAUGAUCGUCCUGAAACCAAAAUGAUGGAAGAAGAAAAUGUGCCCAUGUAUCCUCAACCUCGUGAUAUCCGAUUGGUGCGUGAUAAAAAGACAAAGGUGCCUACAGUGACCAGUGGUGAACGAUACAAUGCUUAUUUAUUCCAUGACAGUGAAGGACUUGGCAAGGCUAUUAGAGAUUGUAAUUUGGAUUAUCGACGUUUGAUGGCCAGUAAAGCAUUACGUGAAGAAUACAAUCUACGCAUGAUCUCUAGUGCUAUGGCGUUGGGUUGGGAUCGACAAGGAAAGGGUCCUAUGCAUGAAUAUCAACAUGUUUAUGCCUUGGCCUUACAUCAUCGCUCUUUACCGGAACUCUCAAGACAUGAAAUGGAGGAAGAACAAUCUCUUUUACGGCGUCUUUAUCAAGCUGAAACUUCCCUGUAG